AUGUCGAGACUGUUACGGGCCCUCCAGGUCAAGGGCAGCGAGCGCCUCCCCGGCGAGACGCGGGCGCAGUCGUUCAUGCGCAACGAGGACCUCCUCCCCGUGCCACCCUCCCGCCGCUCGUGGGGGUCGUGGGCGUUUGUGGCGUUCUGGAUCUCUGAUGGCCUCAACCUCUCGACGUUCCUCAUCGCCUCGACGGCCACCAGCGCCGGCCUCAGCUGGGCGCAGGCAUGGGCCGCCAUCAUUGUCGGCUACACCCUCGUCGCCUUCCUCGUCGUCCUGACGGCGCGCGUGGGUGCCGUUUACCACUGCUCGUUCCCCAUCCUUGUCAGGGCCAGUUUCGGCGUGUUUGGCUCGGCUUGGCCCGUCCUGAACCGGGCCGUCAUGGCGUGCAUCUGGUACGGCGUGCAGUCGUACAUCGGCGGCCAGUGCAUCACGUUGGUGCUGCGGUGUCUCGCCCCCUCCUACAACAACAUCCACAACGGCCUCUCGGACUCGGCCGGCGUCACGACGCGCGACUUUCUAUCGUUCUUCCUGUUCUCGCUCAUCUCGCUGCCCAUCGUCUACCUCAAGCCGCAGGACGUCAAGUGGUUCUUCACCGUCAAGUCGGUGGUGGUGCCCAUCGCCGCCAUUUCCUUCUUUGCGUGGUCGAUCGCCGACGCUGGCGGACUCGGCCCCAUUGUCAAGCAGCCCGCCACAGUCAGGGGCACCGAGUUCAGCUGGAAGUUCCUGUCGGCCCUCUUUUCGUGCAUCUCCAACAUGGCCACGCUCGUCCUCAACAUCCCCGACCUCUCGAGGAUGGCCAAGUCGACGAGGAGCGUCACCUACAGCCAGCUCUUUGCCAUCCCGCUCACCUUUAGCUUGACGUCGUUCUGCGGCAUCAUCAUCGCCUCGUCCUCGACCGUCAUCUACGGCAAGGUCAUCUGGAACCCCGUCGACCUGCUCGGCGCCCGCCUCGACAUCGACCCGUACGACUCCAAGUCGCGGGCUGGCGUCUUCUUCAUCGCCCUCGCCUUUGUCGUGGGCCAGAUCGGCACCAAUGUCGCCGCCAACUCGCUCAGCGCCGGCCACGACCUGGCCGCCCUCUUGCCGCGCUACAUCACCAUCCGACGCGGCUCGUUUGUCGCGGCCGCCGUCGGUUUCGCCAUGUGCCCCUGGCACCUCACCAAGGACUCGAACAGCUUCGCCACCUACCUCUCAGCCUACAGCCUCUUCCUCUCGUCGAUCUCGGGCUGCGUCGUCUUCGACUACUACAUCGUCCGCCGCGGCGUCCUCAACGUCCCUUCGCUCUUCUCGGCGGCGUCCAAAAAGUCGCAACCCACCGCCCCGAGCCAGUACCACUACUGCGGCGGCGUCAACCCGCGCGCCUUCAUCGCCUACCUGGCCGGCAUCGCCGUAUCGGUGACGGGCUUCGCCGGCGUCCUCGGCGCCGACGUCUCGGUGGCGGCCGAGAGGAUCUACAUCCUGGCGUACCCCGUCGGCUUCCUCACUUCGGGUCUCGUCUACCUCUUGCUGUGCCAGAUCUGGCCCGUCGAGGGAGGCAUCAAGCUGUCCGAAGGCGCCAUGUUCCUCGAGCCCAAGAGCUGGGAGAGCGAGGACUGGUCCCAGCAGGAGAUCAACGUCCCGCGCGACGUCGAGGCCAGCAACCCGUCGUCGAUGCAGGAGUCGAUGGAGAAGAAGGAGGCCCUCACGCCCGGACAGCAGGUCUCCAACGUAGACUACCAGCAGCUGGACAAGUAA